AAUGCCACCAUUUUAAAAGGAGUGUGUCUUUAAAUCCAACUGAUUCACCAGUUUCUAAAACUAAAGUUGUGUCUGAUGUCUGUUGUAAAAUAAUUUUGGCAUCACUUUCUUGAUUUUGUUUAAAUGUUCAAAGUGGUGCGAAGAUUUCUUCACGUUCCUUUUCUUUGGUGUACAUUCUAUUUUGACCUUGUCGGGAAAUACCCUCUAAGGUAAAGGACGUUUGUAACCUGACAUGAGCAGCAGCCAAUGGCAGGAAUACAGCAGUGCUCAGAUAGGAGAGUUAAUCAGCAACAGACUGUUGGGCAUAGCAGGCAGAUAACAAAAGCACUACAAUUAUGGGUUAACACAGAUCCAAACUUAUCAGUUCAUCCUUGCACAACCACUCCCUCCACACCUUCUGCCAAGUCUGUUCAGUGUCCGUGCUGUCAAACCGCCUGGGAUCCGUCAUGAUGAGGAAUCUACUGAUAUUAUGUGGAGUAGCAUUUUGCCUUUGUGCACUCGUUGCUGCAGAUACACAAUCUGAACAUCAGGGAGACACAACGUUUCCAGAGGAGGAUGGAGUUUUACAGCUGAAAAAGGAGCAUUUCAGGAAAGCGCUGCGGAAGUACAAGCAGCUUCUGGUGCACUUCUACACUCCUUUUACCAAAGAAGCCCAUCGCGUGUCGGCGGCAUUCAAGGAUGCAGCCGAAGCGCUCAAGGGGUCAGAGGUCAAGCUGGGACUUGUGGACGUGAGUCAGGAAAAAGACUUGGUGAAAGAGCUCGACGGGACCAGCCACCCUAUGGUCAGAUUAUACAUCUAUGGAGAUAUAGACAACCCUGUACCCUGCCCUGAUCCUCAGAGCUCAGCUUCUAUCCUGACGUGGUUGAAACGGAGGGCGGGGUCAGCUGCUGACCUCAUCGCCGAUUUGAGUCAGUUUGAAGCCUCAGAGGAGUUGAUGGUGGUCGGAUUCUUUCAGGAACUGACCCACGAGUACGUCCAGGUGUUUCAUGCUGCAGCGGUUGACCUUCCUGACAUCAGCUUUGCUUUGACACAGAAUGAGGAAGUCAGCAGGAAAUACAGCCUCACACAGGAUGUUGUGUUACUGCUUAAAAAAUCUGAGCUCAUCAAGGCUUACAGGAUGACGCCUCAGACUUCCAAAGAGGAGCUGGUCCUCUUCAUCUCUGUCUAUAAGAUGGAUCCGGUCACUGAGUACGAUGGCCAGACAGCCUCUCAGAUCUUAAGCUCACCCGUGUUAAACCACGCCCUCCUCUUUGUCAACAAGAGUUCUGCAGACUUUGAAGAGAUUUCCUCUGCCUUCAGCAUCGCUGCAGAGAAGUUCAGGAUGAAGAUUCUGUUUGUUUUGGUCAACGUGGCCGAAUCUCGUAAUGGCCGACUCAUGGAAUACUUCCGGGUUCGGGAUUUUGAGGCUCCUCUCAUUCGAUUGGUCAACCUGACGGAUCACGUGACCUACCACCUGCCCUCAGACACCUUGACCGCAGAGGUUAUUCAAGAGUUCUGCCAGUCCUAUCUGGAUGGAACGGCUAAGCCCAAAAUGCAGAGUGAGCCCAUUCCUGAAGACUGGGACCAAAAGCCCGUGAAGGAACUAGUGGGAAUGAAUCUGGAGAAAGUCGCUUUUAACCCGGACAAGACGGUUUUUGUUCUGUUCUAUCUGCCCUACAGUAAAGCCUCUCGCACUCUGUUCCCGCUGUGGGAGGAGCUAGCCGAGGCCUUCAGGGAGCGGGAGGAUGUGGUCAUCGCUCGCAUCGAUGCUUCCGCCAAUGACAUCAACAUGUCUACACAGGGAGCCUACCCUUCCUUCUGCCUGUUUCCUGCUCUGUACACAGAGAGGAUGGUGGUUUACAGAGGAAAAGGGAAACUGAAGGAUCUUGUUCGAUUUGUAGAUAAAGAGAUGGAAAAAGCCAAAAAGUACAGAGAAAAGGAGGAUGAAGAAAGGAGGAAAUUCAAGGAGGCCAAAGAAGAAGAAGACACAACAAAAGGCAGAGAAACUAAAGAAGAGCUUUGAUGCAAAUACUGCAACAGCUUAGACUUGUGUGUGUGUGUGUCAUUUUAUUUGCAUCUAUUUUUAUUAAUUUAACUAAACUUUACAUGUUUGUUUAAUCAAAUUAAAUAAAAGCUUCUUUAAAAAACAACAA